UACCAUAUUACCCCUCAUCCCCUCCUAACCGUUAUGCGUUUCACCCUGCAACAGCCCCAAAAUAACAUAGUCAUUUCCAAACCGAUCAAGGAAAUUCCCGUCAUUUCACCCUCACCCCUCGCUACUUCAGGGAAAAACCAUCAGUCAAAGAGGUGCUUCCUUUGCAACUCUCAAGUUGGUUUUUUUUUGGAUCAAAUCAUGGCGUCUUCUUCCUCUCAUCCGGUCCUGAAACCAGAAAUCGGCGGCGUUGGAUGUGGUGGCGGAAGCAGCGGAGGUGGUGGUGGAGAGAGUUCAGAGGCGGCAGUGAUAGCGAACGAUCAGUUAUUACUGUACAGAGGACUAAAGAAGCCAAAGAAAGAGAGAGGAUGCACUGCAAAAGAACGUAUUAGCAAGAUGCCUCCUUGCACUGCUGGUAAACGUAGCUCUAUUUACCGUGGUGUCACCAGGCAUAGAUGGACUGGUCGAUAUGAAGCACAUCUUUGGGAUAAGAGUACAUGGAACCAGAAUCAGAAUAAGAAGGGAAAGCAAGUAUACUUGGGGGCAUAUGAUGAUGAGGAAGCUGCAGCUAGGGCAUACGAUCUUGCUGCUUUAAAAUAUUGGGGCCCUGGAACACUCAUUAAUUUUCCAGUUACUGAUUAUAAGAGAGAUCUUGAAGAAAUGCAAAAUGUCUCAAGAGAAGAGUAUCUGGCAUCUCUUCGGAGAAAGAGCAGUGGUUUUUCAAGAGGGCUCUCGAAGUACCGUGCACUAUCUAGUCGAUGGGACUCAUCUUGUAGUCGUAUGCCUGGAUCUGAAUACUGCAGUAGUGUAAACUAUGGUGCAGGUGAUGAUCACGCAGCCGAAAGUGAAUAUGGUGGCAGUUUUUGUAUUGAGAGGAAGAUAGAUCUGACAUGCUAUAUUAAAUGGUGGAAUUCCCACAGCACUCGUCAAGUGGAAUCCAUCAUGAAGUCAUCAGAAGAUACUAAACAUGGCUGUCCUGACGACAUUGGCAGUGAACUUAAAACAUCAGAACGAGAAGUAAAGUGCACCCAGCCAUACCAGAUGCCUCAUUUAGGCUUAUCUGUUGAAGGAAAAGGGCAUAAAGGUUCUACAAUAUCUGCCUUGAGUAUUUUGUCACAAUCAGCUGCUUACAAGAGCUUACAAGAGAAGGCAUCAAAAAAGCAAGAAACCAGCACUGAAAAUGAUGAGAAUGAAAACAAAAAUACUGUCAACAAAAUGGACCGUGGCAAAGCAGUAGAGAAGUCCACAAGUCAUGAUGGUGGUAGUGAGAGGCUGGGAGCUACAUUAGGAAUAACUGGGGGAUUGUCUCUUCAAAGAAAUGUGUACCCAUCGACUCCUUUCUUGUCUGCUCCUCUUCUGACCAACUACAACACAAUCGAUCCCUUAGUCGACCCCAUUCUUUGGACAUCUCUUGUUCCUGCUCUUCCUACUGGACUUUCUCGAAAUCCUGAGGUCACAAAGACUGAGACCAGUUCAACUUAUAGCUUCUUUCGACCAGAGGAGUGAUGGUGUCUCACCUUGCAUUCCGCAUUUUACCAAAAGACAUAUUUUCCUUUUAAUCGGGAAAAGAAGGAGCAGAAAUUAGGGAGAUUUUAGCAUCAGAUCCCUGAGAAAGCCAGAGGUUCCUUGUAACCUGUGAAAAAUGCAGAUAUUUGGAAGAUUUCAGUGUGGCAAAUCCCAGGAAAAGUGUCCUAUUUUCCUUUUGAGAUGAGGCUUCUACUUCUUUUCAGUAGGUUUGUUAUACGUUCCAGAAAAUAUACAAAGGAAAAUACUAAUGUAUAUGUACAUUAAUUACAUGUAGAAUUUCUGAGGAUGAACUACACGAAGUUUCAUAAUAUGUAAAUUAAAUUUGUGCCAUAAAGUUGGAAACUUGGAUGCUCAGAAUUUUAUUA